AUGAAAACACCAUUUGUACUCAUUCCGCUGUACAUAUACCCAUUGGAACGGGCAUGGGAGCCGCUCCUGGAAGCGGCGCGGGCACACCGCGAGGUGCACUUUGUGGCCAUCAUCAACCCGGAUAACGGGCCCGGGCGCGGCCGGCUGCCCGACGGGAGCUACACGGCGGCGCUGAGCCGGCUGGCCGAAGAGCCCAACAUCAGCACGCUGGGCUAUGUGUACUGCAGCUACGGCCAGCGCGCCGUCGAGGCCAUCCAGGCCGACAUGGACAUCUACCGCGGGUGGUGCCGGCAGGGCCAGCUGGCCGUUGGCGGCGUCUUUUUCGACGAGACGCCGUCGGACCCGGCGUAUGUCGAGUACAUGGCGACGCUGGCGCACUACGCCAAGGAAACGUGGAGGCGGGACAUGGGAGAUGGGGAAGGCCACGGCGGCAGGGAGGCGACGGUCGUGUACAACCCGGGGGUCGUCGUCGGGCCGGGCUUCUUCUUUCGGGGCGCUGACUACGUCGUCGUCUUCGAGGCCUCCGAGGAUCAGUGGAACCGGCUGCGCAAGCUGGGCCAGGACCUGCGACGCAUGGACGACCGCACGCGGCCCAAGGCCGUUGCCAUCAUUCACUCGAGCCGCGGCGGCAGCAGUGGCUCCGGGGCCAGAAAGGUACUCAAGCAGACGCGGUCCCUUGGCCUGACGGGCGUCUACGUGACGGACCAACAGGAAGGGGGGUAUACGAGAUGGCCCGCCGCAUGGAUGAAGUUUGCAAAGGCCGUAUCGCAAUGCUGA